CGUCCAAAUUCUUGAGCACAGAAGGAUUUCCCCUGGAAGAACCCUGCGUUCUUCGUUACCUCCGGUCUGCCCCGCUCCGUUGAGUCAACACUCUUGCGACUAUCAGCUUGCAAGCAGCAAGUAUUUCUCCCGUCGCUCGGCACUAAACCACGUCCUAUCUCCUCGUGACAUCUAUCUCGUCCUCUCGUUUCUCGGGCGUUUUGGCGCUUCAAAUCAAGUCGUUCCUCGACGUAGUAGUCGCGAAUCUUGGAUUCGAUCGGAAUCCAUUCGGUUUCCACUCACCCCUCCGCCGAAGCAUGUCGAUGGCGGACGUCGAGUCGGCAUCAAUCCCCAUGGAAUCCUCUCUGGCCGCCACGUGGCAAGAAAGCGACAGCUCGUCCUACCACAACGGCGCCGUCCCUCUCGCUAAAUUCGCGUCCGAGCCAACGCCGCGAAUCACGGGCGACGACGACGAACCGAACGACGUCGACGACGACGAGGCUGCGCUGGCGGCUGCGUUGGCAGAAUCGUCGCCGUCGCCGUCGCCGUCGCAAGUGUCGCGAUCGACGACGUCGGGAUCGGGGGGGUCGUCGCGGUCGCACAGGUCGCUAGACGACGCGGGCGAUCAGUUGUCGGUGGCGGGGCACGAGGCGGACAUGGAGAAGAUGCGCGCCGCUAUUACCGCCGCGGGGAUCUCGCUGGAGGGUGUGUCGGAGCUCACCCUCCUCCGCUUCCUGGUGGCGCGCUCGUUCAACAUCGACCGCGCGUCCACGAUGUACAUCGAGCACCGCAAGUGGCGCGCGACCUUCAUUCCGCCUGACUUCUACCCCGCGCGCGCGGGCGACCCCGAGCCGCAGUUCCCGCCCGCGCUGAUGGCGUCCGUGUCGCUGCAGUGCGCGCCCGGGGAGCGCUCGUGGGCGAUCUGCCGCCUGCGGUACCACGACGCUUACCAGCGGAAACUGGACGAACUGCUCAAGUCCGUCGUGUAUACCAUGGAUAAAGCCAUCGCGAGCCUACCCCCCGACCUGCACAAGUUCGGCGUGAUAUUCGACCUGCAGGGCGUGGCGUACAAGAACAUGGACUCGCGAGGGGGCAUCGCGUCGCUCAUCCUGCUGCAGAACCAGUUCCCCGAGCGCCUGGCGAAGCUCUUCUUCAUCCACGUGCCCUCCAUCUUCUGGGGCGUCUGGAAGAUCGUCUGCCCCUUCAUCGACCCUUACACCAAGAAGAAGAUCUCGUUUGUGGAGGACCGCCACCUGACAAGGACGCUGCUGGAAGUCAUCCCCCCGCACGUGCUGCCAUCGGCGUACGGGGGCUCCGCUGACUUUGUGCCGCUCAAAGACGUCCCCGUCUCCAACUGGCCGCACCCCACUGACUAACCGCCCGCUCUUGCUGCUGCCUCUGCUGCUGCUGCUGCUGCUGCUGCCACCACAGCUGCCAUGCCCACUCAGCCGUCGCCCCUCACCACUCCUCUCCCUCCCCAGCAUCGCCUUCAGCUCCAGCCCUUCGCUGCUCACCCACCACUCGCUCUCAAUGCUCCUCCUGCCACUUCUCGUGGUCACUGCUCUGCUCCUAACUGCCUCUCACAACCUCCCCUCGCAGUCUUGGCUCGACCCGUCAAGCGUGCCAGUGGUGUUUUGUUUAACCUCCUUGUUAGCCCCCUCCUCGUCUUGUACUGCACGCGCGUAUUGUUUUGUGCCGUUAUCCAUUCUGCCCUGAAGCGAAACGCUUCCCCCCCUCCUCCCCUCCUCACCACAGUGUUGCAUGCACUUACCUGCCAUACCCCCCAUCACCAUCAUGCAGUAGCCUGGCCCGGUUUCGCCGAAGCUUUGUGUUGUGUCGUCCUGUCCUUGCCCCUACACACACCCAACCCAACCACUGGUAUAUACGCUUGCGUGCACACACGCUGACAUGGCCUUGCUUGCUAAUUUUAAGCCCUGCACAGACCGCAUCCGCACAUCAACUGAAAUUCCCUAAGCCAUAAGCCGUGCACCACAAAACAUUUCCCUCACGGAAAAACAAGGUAAAACAAGGGAGAUGUAGGGUUUGCGUUGUACCCUCUAAGAACACAAACCUAUCUAGCUUGGUGACACUGCUGUAGUUCGUCUUAGAACUGAAUGAUUGAAUGAAAAGAGAACAAGGGU